GCAGAGAGUUAGUAGCUUUUAAUAUACCGAUGAAUUUCUCGUCAGUGAUGGUGAUAUUCUGCAAGAAUAAUCUCGUCGGUAACUUGCAAAUUUCUAGGCCGACAGGAGACUGUAGUCUUAUUCAAUUGUGAUUGGUAUCACAUGAGACGGGGAAUACGCGUGGAUGUUGAACACGGAAUUGUUGAUGUCAAUCCAAGCUUCCAACUUUCAACAGGAGAGCCAUUUUGCCUUGCUAGUCAAGCACAACAAGUUUAUUAUACUCCAUAUCCGGGUACAGAUAGAAUUACUCGGGGAUGGUUCACAGCAUGUAAAAUAAAAUCUAGACAUCUUAUUGACACCUCAUCAACCUCAUCUUCAGCAGAGAUUGAUGACAUUUUUCAAGAUGAUGACCCCCCCAUAAUGCAAGGCUCUUCAUUAGCUAUAGAUUUAGCUGCGUACCAAUCACUUCAACUCCAUGCAGAAGGUGUUACAGAAGUUGAGGUUAAUGCUGAUGCAUCCGAAGAAGAUGAGGGCUGUAGAGAAGAAAAAGAUUCAGAAACUUCAAGAAAUAGUAGUGAUAGCAUUGAUGAGGAGGAUGAUAGUUUGGCUAAGAGGAGAUCUUCUUCCUCAGGAUUCCAGGGGCAACGUAAUCGUGACCAGCCGCAGGUGUUCUCUAGUAGUGGCAUAGCUCAUGAUAUAGAGCAGACGAGAUGUGAUCCAUUGAUUGAGGAUAUGGAUCAUUUGACAUCUGAUCAUGAUACUGAGGGCCCUUCAUCCUCGAAGGGGAAAAAAGGACGAGGACGAAAUUUGAAAGGUCUAUGCCCUCCAAAGAAUAGAGAGAGUAAGACCUGGGUUAAGCUUACUGAUGAUAAGCUUCAGUUUGUUGAUCCAUCCAUUCCUCGAGCUAUCACUGCCUUAUGGAAGUCACAUAAUCUCCAUGUACGAAAUGCAUUUAUAAAUUGUAUGAGGCAUAGAUGGAGUGACAAUAUGAGGGAUGUGAGGUUGAAGUGGGUGAAGGACCCAUCUUAUGUCCCAUGUUGGAUGCCACCUCAUUUAUGGUCUCAGCUACUGCAUUAUUGGGAUUCUGAUGAAUAUAAGAUGCUUCAAGCAAAGGGAGCAAAGAAUAGGAAUUCAGGGGAGAGAGUGACUCACACACUGGGUCAAUUAGCUUUGGCAUCCAGGAGAUGCGGAUGGUAAUCAAGCAUAAUUAAUAAAAAAUUAAAUUUAUU